AUGGAGGAAAUGUUGAAGACGGAGAGGCUACAUCUGCUUGAACAAAUCUGUGAUUUAGCACCUUCGAACGGUGCAAAGUCCAGGGUUGCAAUGAUAUUCAAGUAUAGGCUGCGGCAAAGAAGAGACGAAAUGAUGGCGUUUUACGCCAAUCUAAAACUUGAUGAUGGUGAAUAUGAAGAAAGUGAGGAACAAGGCGAUGGGUACAACUCUGAUGUAUUUGGGUCUUGUGAAGAAUUGAUAAAUUGGGUACAAAAGUUGGCAUACUCAAUCGGUGUUGUCGUCAUCAAAAGAAGGUCGAAUAAAAGAUCUUGUGGUUUCAUGUAUAGGGUUGUGCUCCAAUGUGAUCGUGGCGGCGAAUAUAAAGUUAAGGAUUCAAGUAAAGUUACCGGCACCAAAAAAACUAAUUGUCCUUUCGAAUUAGAAGGAACAUAUUCAGAUGACUAUGAUUGUUGGACCUUAAAGGUGACAUGUGAUCAACAUAAUCAUCAACCUGUACUAUUUAUGGAGGGUCACCCAUAUGCAAAGCGGCUUUCCGAAGAUGAAUUUAACUUGGUUGCAGAAUUGACAAGGAUGAAUGUGGCGCCACGUGAUAUUCUAGCAAUACUUAAAGAGAGGAAUUUAAGUAACGUGUCUACACUUAGGACUAUUUACAACGCAUGCAACAAAAUUCGCAUGGUCGAUCAAGUUGGCAAAUCUCCAAUGCAGGUUCUAUUAUCCCUUUUGCAUUCUAAUGGUUAUGUUUAUGAAAUUACUUCAACCGGGUUAAACGAAUUAGAAAAUUUAUUCUUCAUUCAUCUGACAUCAUUUGAUAUUUGGCGUGCAAUUCCACAUGUGUUGAUUAUAGAUGUCACGUACAAAACAAACCACUAUAAUAUGCCUUUUCUUGAGGUUGUUGGUGUAACUUCAACCAGCAAAACAUUUUCCAUAGCUUUCGCCUUUAUGCAUAAUGAGAAGACAGUUAACUAUACAUGGGUCUUAAACUGUCUAAAGUUGACACUAAACUAG